ACUAUGCACUAGCUGUUGCAGAAUAGCUGAAAUAAAUAUUAUUGUUGUGAAAAACUUUGAAAACUAAACAUUUUUUAAUUCUGUGAGAGCAGAUUUAUUUAAAACUACGUUAUUAAACUCAAUUAAAUUUUGAAAUAUAGGUAAUUACUAUAGUUCAAGAAUGGAUGGUCGCCAUAUCACUAAUCCUUAUGAAGAUUAUUCAGAAGGCAAAUCAAAAACGGUUCUAAAUAACAGUGGCAAAGACAUUAAUGACGAAUUUCGAGAAAAAUUGACUGUAGGGACAAAAUUAUUAUUACAAAGAUUGGAAGAUCAUAAAAGAUAUUGGUACAGUAAAGAUGAUACAUCUCUUUACACAGGGUUGCCUGGAGUUGCUUAUACCCUUUACCACUAUGGCAAAUAUUUUGAAGAUCAAAAUUAUAUUACUAGAGCUGGAGAAUUAAUAGGAAAAUGUCUUGAUGGGUUAAGAGGCAAAAGACAUGUGACAUUUUUGACUGGUAAUGCCGGUCCUAUUGCUUUGGGAGCAGUAAUUUAUCAUUUGCAUGUUGAUAAAGAAGAGUCAAAAAAUUUGAUUUCUAAAUUGAAAGCAUUAUCAUCAUAUGUUGUUGAUGAUAGUAGCGGCUUGCCUGAUGAAUUACUUUAUGGUAGGGUAGGAUACUUAUACUCAUUAUUGUUUGUGAACAAACAUAUAUUGCCGGCUCCCAUAGAAGAAGAUUUAAUCAAACAGGUAAUACAAUGUAUAUUGAGUUCAGGAAAUAAUUAUGCAAAAGCUCGCGGGAUCAAUUCUCCCUUGAUGUAUAUGUGGCACGAUUCUGAAUAUUUGGGUGGAGCUCAUGGCUUGGCUGGAAUAUUGUAUUUAUUAUUGCAAGCUAAACAAUACCUCACAGAAGAUCAAUUAAAAAAUGAAAUAGAGCCUUCAUUACAAUGGCUUGAGAAAUUGAAAUACCCAUCUGGAAACUUUCUUUCAUCUGUAGGCAGUACGACAGAUAAAUUAGUACAUUGGUGUCAUGGAGCACCUUCAAUGACUAUGUUAUUCACUUUAGCAUACGAAAUAUUUCAAAAAGAGCAGUAUUUGGAUACCGCUGUGCAAUGUGGAGAAGUUAUAUGGCAACGUGGAUUACUGAAAAAAGGAUGCGGUAUAUGUCACGGAGUUGCUGGAAAUGCUUAUUCGUUUUUAAAUCUUUUCCAAUUAACGAAGGAUCCCAAAUAUCUUUACAGAGCUUGCAAGUUUGCCGACUGGUGCUUAGAUUACGAUACUCAUCAGAGAAGACCAGCCGAUCGUCCAUUUUCUCUAUUUGAGGGUUUAGCAGGAACAAUUUAUUUUCUUGUUGACAUUCAAAAGCCAAAUGAUGCUAAAUUUCCUGGUUAUACUUUAUAGAAUAGAAUCUUAUUAAAGAAUUUUUCGCUUUAGUCAUUUACUCACAUGUAUGCUUCAUCUCAUUAAAUAUAUAUUUUCUAUUUUAUUUCAUACAUAAAUAUCUUUAAAAUUGAAUUGUAUUAGUGCUCCCAAAUUUGAUCAUCAUUUUUAAACGAAUAUUCAAAAUAAUAUUCUUAGAAAACCCGUACGUAGAGU